AUGUAAUGUCGUAUGUAUGAUAGAGGUGGUGUGGUGAUUGACCUCAAUGUUAAUGGUUAUCCCCAAGGUUCAACGAAUGAAUGAAGCUAUGAUCGUACCCGGAUAGAGAUGAUGGUCUUCCUCUGAUGUCUCCAAGCCGGCCAACAUAGAAUAGAUAGGCGAAGCAGCCAAUAGCAGUCUGUUCUCGCCUAUCGAUAGAUAGCAAGUUGCUUCCAAGCUCAAACCAUUUGAAACUGAAUUGCUACUUUCUUCUUGUUAUUGAUAGAGUGGUAUUCUCCGCCCCUGUCAAAUAAAGUAGAGGGAGAGAACUGGAAGAGAGAAGGAAAAAGAGCAAAGGAUUUAAAAAAAGUCUAAUGGGAGAAGAAUGGCUGACACGUUGACUGCCUUAGAGACUAUAAAAUAAAUAUAACCCAAGCGGUCUAACUCCCGGGGCGGACCCCAACCGAAAGGCGCUAGACGGACUAACGGCAAGCGAGAUAAAGAAAGCAGCUGGCCCUAUGUGUAAAACCUUGCCGCGGGAGAGUCUUUCUCCAAUGAGAAUAAAGAAAGUUUUUGGGCAAGACAAGAAAGGAACUCGCCCUUUGACACCAACCAAGGGAGUUGAGCUGAUUGCUGGCGAUGACUUGGUGAAGGGAAUCUAUGAGAGAAGGUUCUCGAACCGGGUUCCGACCGAAUAGAGCGCGGAGCCAACGAGUUCAGUCGAACAGCGUAAGGAGUCUAAGGGCGGGAUCAAGCUUGAAAGGAAUGGACGGGCGUAGGCUUCAUAGUGAACGCAGACCGCCCUGCAACCUUCUAGAUAUGAGAUCAAUGACUUAAAAGACAGAUGCCGAGAGAAACUGUUAGACUUCUUUUUUUUUAUUGCGUUGCGAAAAGAGAUCGAAGACGAAGAUUUUCUGACGCAGUGCGGGCACUGGAUGGAAAAGACAGAGAAGGGAAGAACCCACCGGAAGGGCAUACCUCAAGGAGCACCAAUCUCCCCCGGCAAACAUCUAUCUGCACGAAGCCGGAUAGAAAGAAAGAUGCAGGAAAGGAAAAUGAAAUCUGAAAUAAGAAAUAUGCUUUGGGAGUGUGAGAUAGGCGGACGGGGAGUACGCAGCCGAACAAGCGCAGGGGCUUACAGCAGUGAUAGCUGAACUAACCAGAUGGGCCGCCCAAAACCUGGAGCUGACAUUUCAAUCGGAAAUCAACGUCGGAUCCCGGCUAUCCGAAAAACGCAGACUGAAGCGUAGGAUCACAAAAUGCAAGACAACAGGGGGCGAACCAAGCCCUUGCGCGAAGGAAGAAGCGAAUCAAUCAGAAUGGAGACAGGGAGGAGAGGCGAAAGAGAGAUUUUCGAGCCUGCAAGCAGCAAGUAACAACGGCUUUUCAGCCGUUGCGCGCUAGCUUGUAGUUUAGGGGUAUAUAUAGUAGGGGUGCCCCUUUCGAAAACUUUAUAUAUAUAAGGUAAGCUUUUUGGAACCCUAGUUUUGGAGUUUUCCCCAACCUAUACCUUACUAAGCUUACCUUUUUGCAUCGCACUGCCGCAUAAACAAUGGAUCCGCUGGGCUGGAUGAGCAACCUUCUAUCUGGCCUCUGUACCAGUAGUGGAGUGGCUUGCUACUUUCAAUCAGAAAAGGAAGAUUGAGCAAGGCAAGGGAGAAAGAAGUGGUCCCCUCUUCUCUGGUAACCCGCCGCCGGUCAUAUAGAGCGCUCCGCCCGCCACCGCAUAUGUAGAAAAAGAGGGAGCGGGGACGGAAGAACAAUCAUUUGACUUUGGCACAUGAGGUGGCGGGUUUGGCUAGGUAACAUAAUGGAAAUGUAUCGGACUGCAAAUCCUGGAAUGACGGUUCGACCCCGUCCUUGGCCUCGGGGAGUGGCGAGCAGCACGGAACUUGAAUGAAUCAAAUGGCAUAAGAGGGCUUUCCUUUGUUAGAAAUCCACAGACAACAUUCUGGAACUUCCAAACCAAAGAAAUGCAACAUGAGAAGGAUCUUUUUACGUUACGCUUCAAUAGAAUGAAUUCGGUAAGGGUAGAAUACGGCCCAUGGUCGAUCGAAGGUCCUGUGCCACUUGAACUCAAAGGCUAUACGCCCCUUCAAUCCAUCUUUGUCCAGCCAGCUCAUAACAAAAUGUUAGACCAGGCUGACACAACCGAAUUGGUUGAGGAAAAGGAAAGCCCAGCGACCAAGCACUCCCGCCCCCAAAAGCGGAGACCGAACAACCGCCAGGUUGUCGAGGACACGUCUGAAGAGUAGGCCGGCGCCCUCUAAGUUGACCACCCUACCCACUAAUGGACUUAGAGGGGGGCAGGCGAACGGGAACCGACCGAGAACCCGAACCACUUGACUGACUGACCCCUUCAUAGUCCAUUCAUUAGGGUCGGGGAUGGAUGGAACCAAUUAGAAGUGCAAAUCGCGCAAGCGAAGCCGGGAAAGGGGCCGCAGCGCAACGACUAGGACUCGUGUCGGAGGAGUUUUGAGCGUGAGCUACCACUCAUGCAGCGACAAGGACCCGCAACUCUCGAAGGGGCCACCCACCGCCCGAAUCACUGUAGCAAACCCUCCCUUUACUCAAUGGAUAGCGCUUAUCCUCUUUCAAUCAACAAAAUGAGAAAGAAAAGAAAGAUAGAUAGAAAGAUGUCUUUAUUGAAGAGGCUUUGCACCUGAAAUAGGACUAAUGAAGAUCCGGGUCUGGGCUUUCAAAAAGAUGAAGAUGCAAAGGGUAAAGAGAAAGUCUUUUGAACAACCAACCUGACAUAAGGAUUCUAGCUCGCCCACUUAGAGCAGAUGGAGAUUCUCGGACGGGGAAAAGCGGCACUCGACAUCUAUUAAACAACACCAAGAACAAAGCCAUACCAUGCCCUCGGGAGAAAGUAGUGAUGAUUGCCAUGAAUGCUGCCCUCGAGGACGUGUACAAGAAGGUCUUUGCCGAUUCCUAUCAACAUGGUGCGCCUCUCAGUAGAGGGGCGUGAAAAGGCCGUGGAGACUUUUACCGAAUGAAUAGGGAUAGGGAUCAAUUGAUAGACAUUUUUUUUGAGGAAGAGAAUCCAAUCUAGGAUGAAUGCUUUUUUCGUUCGCUAUGUGCUGACUGGAUGCGUACUCGCGUGAUCGAUGGACGGGGGAAUUGCGUGAAUGCCGAGACCGGCCUAACCUAAAGUAAAGGCUCUUCCCUUUGCCUCUCUUGAUGGCGAAUCUUGAUUGACUCAGACUAGGAACCAAUUCGGAGAAAGAAGAAGCAUGAGAUGAUAUAGGCGGCGGAAGAAUUUCCGAUAGCGAAUUACUUGACUCGAUGGAUGGAGGGAGGGCCCUCCAACUCAAGCACGAAAUCAAUGUUGACUCAACAAUCAUCGAGAGAGGCACCACCAAGCGAGAUCGAGACCAGCACCUUGUAUAGGUUGGGUUCCAAACCUGCGCUUCUUUUCUUCAAAUAUCCCAAUAAAGGUAGGGGCUUCCAAGCUUGACUAACAAGCCAUAAAGUUGACUUUGAGAAAGAAGGGGGGCGCGCUAGCUGCAAUCAAAGGUUAGCGCUAACGAGCAAGAAGAGGCCCCUGACUAUAGAUAGGGCGCUAGCAACCUAAGAAGUUAGGGCUUUUUCAGCUGGAUCGGAAUCGAUUCUAUGAUUGAAUAGCAGAAGUGCUACUUAGUAGUAGAAACUCGGAGAGACAGACAGAGAGGGGACUCUAUCAUACCUGCUCACUCCUAGGAUGAGAAGUAGGUCCCUUGUUUUUGGCAGGAAGAGUUCCAACCUUUGUUGCAUCUCGGUAGAGUGAGUCUACUUAGCGAACUGGCAGGACGCGGAGAUCGAUUGAUCAAUAUGAAUCUCAAGAGUGGAUGGUUGACCGCCGCCGCCUUGUCCUGGAGGCUCUCCGGCCGGGGAGGGGCUUGCUCUCGUAACCUUAUCUCCCGGUGUAUGUGAAAAAGAAAGAGUGACGAACCCAUUUUUGUUCGGUCAUAGGUUGGUCCAAAGAACGAGAGUCGGCUUACUUAAGUCCCUUGUUCCUCAGUAGCUCAGUGGUAGAGCGGUCGGCUGUUAACUGACUGGUCGUAGGUUCAAAUCCUACUUGGGGAGAUUUGUUAGUUAUCGCUUUUCUGACCUAGCGACCCCUGUCCUUAUCCUUAGUUUCUAAACUAGCAGAAUCGUGGGACAUCCAAAGUGGGAAGUUGAUUGUUGGUUUUUUUUAUUCUCUCGUAUAGGUGAACUUGGUUCGUUCAAUUCUUAGGGAGAAGAAGGAUCCACUGGGAAUGAAUGGGAAGACUGGAGUAGUAUCUUCAUUAGCCGGAAGGAAUUUUUCUCUACUAGCGUCAUUCGAAGAAGGAACAAGAAAAGGGUUACUGUUUAGGUAGGAUAGAUAGAUGUAGUCCAAUGGCUAAAGCUCUGCCAGCUUCUUGUAGACUGAACUCUCUUCUUUUUAGGCUUCGAGUUGUUUUUUUUUUAGGUGGGAUGGUAGAAUUUUUCUUCGCCACUAGUGGCAACGAAGUUCUUGGUAAUUAACAAGGGGGGAAGGAAAGGAAGAUCUCCACUCAUUUCAUUCAUUCAGUGCCUGCGGUGAGGCGCGACCCACAACAAACGAAGGGGGAAAGCUUGCUUGCUGUAGCCCUAUUUUAGUAGACUAGGCUUGGUAAGCGUAAGCUAUUGUUGUAGGCUCGAGAAGGGUAGGCUCGCAGCUUCGCUCAGCAGAAGAGCCUUGACUUGAGAUUCUAUUAGUAAAGCGCUAGCGCCCAACAACCUAUGGGCUUUGAAGGGAUAGGGGAAGGGAAGAAAACUAAGAUGGUCACUCCUUUUAGGAACAUGGCUCGUUCAUUCACUUGCUCAUGAACUCGCAGCUUAGCCAGAAGCGACGAAGGGGGGGCUGGGGAAGGCCGACGACUACAUGAGGGGGAAGCUGUCUACGAAGCUUUGCCCCUUGCUUUACAGAGAUUCUUUUAUUAUAAACUUACUAAAUGACUAGAUUCUCUCGGAACGCUAGCUAAGCUAAUAAACAGUAUUAGUUCCCUUCAAUCAAAUCAAGUUUUUUUUGAUUGAUUCAGGGCGGCGCCCUCCUUCUUAGAACCCAUUGAGGGGGGCCUCGGCCCGGGAAGGGGAGAGUGGCCGAGUGGUCAAAAGCGACAGACUGUAAAUCUGUUGAAGUUUUUCUACGUAGGUUCGAAUCCUGCCUCUCCCACUUGUUUGUUGUAGACUUCAGAGAAGAGAAAGGAGGCAUUCGUCAGCGUAGGAAGGCCAACCGAGCAAAGCUCUUUCUUUUUUUUUUGCCAUUCCAUGAAGUGAAAUUGUAUCGUAUGUUAGUUAGAGAGGUUGGCGAACUACUACGAUCUAUAGACAUAUCCAAUCCCAACGAGAAUAGAAGCGAGUCGCUUCCGGCUUGGCUUGUAGUCAUAGUCUUUUAGCUUAUGUAGUGGUCGGCCUUCCUACACGCACGCGCCCGCCAGAAUGCCUCCUUGGUUCUGGACGAAGCCAAGCUGAUACAUACGAUAGGCGGAGGAAAAACCGCCCAUUUCAUAGCGCCUGGGAAAGGCAAGUUUGAUCGAGGAUUGGAGAGGAGAGGUGGAAGAAAAGGCUCGGGAUGGAUUUAGGAGUCUUUGUGCGAGCCGUAUGCGGUGAGAGUCGCACGUACGGUAACGAGGGGGGUUCGCGUCUAUACGUGUAGUGUGGUGGUUGGGCCUACCCACCCUAUUUGUUCCAUGAUCUAUGGGUCUACUGGAGCUACCCACUUCGAUCAAUUAGCCAAGAUUUUGACCGGAUACGAAAUCACUGGUGCUCGAUCUAGUGGUAUUUUUAUGGGGAUUCUAUUUAUCGCUGUAGGAUUCCUAUUCAAGAUCACUGCAGUUCCUUUUCAUAUGUGGGCACCUGAUAUCUAUGAGGGUUCACCCACCCCGGUUACAGCAUUCCUUUCUAUUGCGCCUAAAAUAUCUAUUUCUGCUAAUAUUUCACGUGUUUCUAUUUAUGGUUCCUAUGGAGCUACAUUGCAACAAAUCUUCUUUUUCUGCAGCAUUGCUUCUAUGAUCUUAGGAGCACUGGCCGCCAUGGCCCAAACGAAAGUCAAAAGACCUCUAGCUCAUAGUUCAAUUGGACAUGUAGGUUAUAUUCGUACUGGUUUCUCAUGUGGAACCAUAGAAGGAAUUCAAGCACUACUAAUUGGUCUCUUUAUUUAUGCAUUAAUGACGAUAGAUGCAUUCGCCAUAGUUUCAGCAUUACGGCAAACCCGUGUCAAAUAUAUAGCGGAUUUGGGCGCUCUAGCCAAAACGAAUCCUAUUUCGGCUAUUACCUUCUCCAUUACUAUGUUCUCAUACGCAGGGAUACCCCCGUUAGCCGGCUUUUGUAGCAAAUUCUAUUUGUUCUUCGCCGCUUUGGGUUGUGGGGCUUACUUCCUAGCCCCAGUGGGAGUAGUGACUAGCGUUAUAGGUUGUUGGGCGGCCGGAAGGUUGCCACGAGUAAGUCAGUUUGGGGGACCGAAGGCAGUUCUCCGUGCACCGGACACGUAGCUUACCGAAUCAGUUGCGACACGGAUGGGAAUGCAUGCUACGAAAGAGAGGGUCGAGUCUGAUACAUCAACCGUCUACUCAAUAUCCUUAGACGAGUCCACAAUCACUACACGAGAUGAACCUUGGUUUGGUGAAUUGAAGUUGGCCUUAGGUGUAAUAGGACUCCCAGUUACUGCGCUCGAUCGUAUACUGAGGUGCUCCCCGCCGGUUGUUGGAACGACGCGAGCCGGGCCGGGCCUCGAUUCAGAAAGAUGAAGGGCCAAAAAGUAUAGAAAUAGGGGUUAAAAAUUCCCCAUCUCAUUGGGGGCGGAAAACGAAUCGACAUCUCGAUGUGAUACAGCCUUUUCUAUUUGAGUUGGGAAAGAACGGCGAAGUCCAUCCGAAGCGUCCAAUGAAGAAUAAGAGGAGAGCAAAGCGCCAAUGGCGCGCGAAGCGAAUGCGGAAGGGGCACGGAGAAAAGUCCGUGUGGAGGAGAAGCAGCCGAGCUCAUUCCCUUCGCUUCCUGGGCCCAAAGCAGUGCAGUCUUUCCUGGCCAAAUCAAGGAUUUGGGGCUUCUUGCUACGCAACAACACAAUAGAAAUCCAUUUUGUUUAGUAAUAUAUAUGAAUAGAAAGAUAGAUCCAUCCAUCUAUCCUAUCCGAUUUCGAUUUGGAUAUCGAAAAAAGAAUCGAUUUCAUUCAACCUUUGAUUCAAAGAACAGCGCUUAGCCCCCCCGCUUAUGAAAGGGCUCUGCUGCAAUGGAUGGCAGAGGGUCCGUAGUACCCAAAGCACUGGAGUGAUCCAGUAGCCGGGAAGGGGCCUAGAAGUGCCUACUACUACACCACACUACACUUGGCUCUACACAUUUACAGAGCUAACUCCUGUCCAGUGCCUGGCAGAGCUAAGGGGGCUUCAAUCCUUAUUCCUUAUCCCCGCCCAGGCUAACGGGGCCUUACAACUUAAGGGGGGGAGAAUGGAGCCUCGAGAAGCACUGUUGAGAGGAAGAUCCUUGGCCCCUCUUCAUUCUCUACAGGUUCCAAACCUUUCUUCAACAUAGGUGACAAGGAGCGGGGCAGAGAUGGAAGAGAUCGAACAUGGGAAUAAGAAGCAAGCUCGCCUUCCUUUUUGAUCAUUUUGAUAGAGGGGGGGUGGAGAAAGUGGACAAAACAGACUCGCAUUCCCCAGUCGAAAAGAUGGGUUCCUUUUUCGUCUCGCAUUUCUCAUCGAACAGGAAAA